ACACGGUAAACGAACCAAAACAAACGUGUCGAAGGAAUCACACAGGAGACAGUAUCCGGGACCGCACCUUCUCAUAGUCACCGCUUCUUAACUCUUUUUUUUCGUAAAUUACUGGUAACUAUGGCAGAUCGGAGCACGCAGAUGAAGAACUCCAUUAACCAGAAGUUGGUGGAGACGGGAGAAAAGGAGAGAUUGAAGGACAUGUUGAGACAAAGACUAACAGAAUGUGGAUGGAGAGACGAACUCAAGGAACACGCCAAGGAUAUUGUACGAGAACGAGGGCUGCAGCAAGUAACUGUAGAUGACUUAGUGAAGGAGAUCACUCCGCAGGGAAGAGAUUUGGUUCCAGAUACAGUGAAGCGGGAACUUUUAGCAGAAAUAAAGAAGUUCCUUGCAGCACAAUCUCUAUAACAAUUUUUUUUGUAAUUUUAAUGAUUUAGUUAAAAGUUUUAUCUACAGGAUUUACUUGGUAUAUGAAGAGAUCAAUUUUAGAUCCUUAAAAAAAAAAAAGACCUAGAGGAAAAGAUUGUUAAAUAUGCAGUUCACAAUUUAUACUGGACUCAAAUAACUUUUUUAUCAUCAUUAGUAUUAUUAUUUUUACAUUUGCUCAUCAUUUAUAAGAACAAAUCACAUUUUAUUUUGAUUGUGUGGAAGUGCAAAAUAUUACAGUUUGUAUCACUGACCUAUUCAGGUAUAUAAAGUUUUCUUGAAGUACAAGAAAAUGUGAGAAAUUAUCUUUAUCACUCCUUUGUGAGUUUCCUCUUUUCUUGUGAAGAUUUUCUUCACAGUACUGUUAGAGUUUAUAGUGUGGAAUAAACCUUGAACCUUCAAA